AUUAUUUGUCUCGUUUUGAUAUGAGCGCAUCCCAUUCCGACAGUAUAAGGGUUUUGUCUGCGCAAUAGGAAAAGGAAAAACUUUGCUUACAACUUCAAAGACAGCCCAAUCAUCGAUUAUAGAUGUUGUUCUACUGAUAUCAGGUUAUCUAUUACUUGGAGAAUUAAAUAAGGAAUAAACAGGCCAAGAUGGGUGCAAGAGGUUGGCUGGGAUUCUCAUCUUGGUUCCGUGUUUUUCUUCUUCUCUUGUGCUUCGCCAUCUUGAAGAUUGUGGAAGGAGUGGAACAGGCAGAGGUCUACAAAAGACAGAUCGUUCUAGAGGAAUGUUCUGCAGGUAGCCCAGGGCCAGCGGGACCCCCUGGCCCUCCUGGACCUGAAGGGGAACCAGGAGCACCUAGUCCUGUAACAUCCAACUGGAGACAGUGUUCCUAUUGGCAAGUAAAUGAUGGUAGAGAUUCUGGAUUGUUCAAGUCCUGCAGCUUUACCAAGGAAUACGCAGAUACUGCUCUGUACGUCUCUUUCUCGGGUGACCUUCGGCUCGCUGGAUCAGGGUCGGCCUGCUGUAGAUGGUACUUUGCCUUCAAUGGAGCUGAAUGUUCUAAUCCGAAUAGGAUCGAAGCAGUGGUAUAUGCUUCGGGAUAUAAUAGCUAUAAUCUACAUCGACCAAGGGUUGUGAUGGGUUACUGCUAUGGGAUUGGUGCCGGCAGUGUGACAGUUGGAUUCUAUGUCGGGCAGUGCAGUGGAUAUGGGACCUAUGAUUGCUACACCGGUUAUAUUAGUUCGAGUCAUAUAAUGAUCGAGGAAGUGACCAAGUCUCCUUACGACUAGACACAAAAAGUGCCAUGAACAACCUAGUUCAAGAAUCAAGCUUUGUACAUCUAAAGUUGGCGUUCUGGAAAUAUUUGGAUGCAGCGUUAUUAACUGUCUAUCCGUGAGGUUUAAUUUAUUAUGUACUAUAUUCGAAAAAUUCAAUGUGAUUACACUGAAAAGUCGGCAACCUUUUUUUAUUUUAACCCGGCUAUUUCGGAGAAUGAUAUCAUUCAUAUUUGUUUUGCUGGUAAUACAAUGUAGAAACAUGAAUAUCGAAUGAUGAAAA